AUUAAGUUUGCAGGUGAGUUCUACACCUAUGGAAAGUUGUGCCAGAAAUACACAAAACCGUAGUAGCAAUGGAAUGAGUGACUUUGAGAUUACAACACGAGGAGAAAUGAUGAUGCUGUGAUAAUCUUCUUAUAUUUUUUGGCCCAAAAUAAAAAGCGAAGAAAGACCUGACUUUGGUGCGGUGUGUGGGUCCACGUGGCUUGUUCAAUACUCCUAUUACCCCAAUUAUAUAUUCUUAUAAGCCUACAAAUGCCUACUCUUUUAGGCCCAUUAAUAGCCCAAACGCAAUGAACUCGAGCCGUUACAGAACCAGAAGUUGAAUAGUCGCCACCGAACGAGAAUAGACUUCACUCCUCCUCCUGCUGCAAUUUCAAACUCGCUCCGUCGUCACCUCCGCCCAAAUUCUCCCGCCGCAAGACCCUAGAUUCUCCGAUCUCAACCAUUCUUUUUGCUCUCCAAACAUCAAUCGUCAUCCCUUUGAGGCUUCUCGAUGGGAAAGUGGAACAAUCGAUCCAGAUUCAACCGUCGCAGAUCUCCUUCGCGAUGGUAUAGCGAAAGACCUUCUUCUUCUGGUUAUGGUGAAGGCGAUGAUGGGAUUCCAGUAUGGGAGAAGAGAUUCUGCGAAGUAAUUGGAUCAGUGCCGUGGCGAAAAGUAGUUGAAGCUACUGACUUCAAGAGCUGGUACACAGGUAACGUAAUCACUUGGGAUGAUUCCGCUUGCCAAGAGACUUUCCACAACGAGAAGAAACGGUUUUGGUCUCAAGUCAAUGGAGUUCGCUGUGAUAUCUCUCCUCCUGAUCCGGAUCUUUACGUUAGCGAAGUGGAUUGGGACACUACGGUUGACCCUGAACUGAUUAGGGAGUUGGAAGGUGCUUACUAUGCGCCUCCUGAUGAGGCCAAGUCUGGUUUGAAACGAGGGCGGAGAGACAGGAGUUGGAGUGGUUGUAGUAACCUUGUCCCUAUUGAAGAGACUCGUAUGUUGAAGGUUCCGUGGGAAGGUAGUGGAUGGAACGUGGAAGAGAGUAGUGGAGAUCAUCUAAAUGAUAGAACAAGGCCGCGGGAAGAAGGAAAUGAUACAAUGUCUGGGGAUUGCUUGACGACUGAGGGCUGGAAGGAGGUCGAGUGGGGAGCUAAAGAUAGAGGUAAUGACAGAUGGGGACAGGGAAACGAUGGAUGGGAACAAAACAAGAAGGCGAAAGGUUCUGAAAGUGUGCCAGCCGAAGAGUGUGAAAUGCUCGAGGAUCCUUGGGAAGCCAAGGUUAGUUGUAGAAAGGAGACAGCAGAAGAUACUACCUGGGGAGGUUGCUCUGGUAAGGAGUGGGAUGAUGAUAGAGGUUGGGGAAGUGAUGGAUGGGGAAAGCGAGAUUCGGUAAAUCAAGUUACGGAGACGAAGGAUUGGCGUGGUACGAGAUAUAGUCAGGAUUAUAGGGAGCCAAAGAGUUACAAUCCAUGGAAAGCUGGCUUUGUGCCUGACAAUACAACUCGGAGAGAGUAUGGGGCUAAUGGAGGCGGUUGGCAAACAAGUAGAGUGAGUGAGACUAAUCGAAGAGAAUGGGAUGUGAAACGAUCGAGUGAUGGCUGGGGUAGGCGAAACAGAGGAAGAGAUGAAUCAUGUGGCUACAACACUAACUACAGAAGAAACUCAAGAGGUGACUACCAGAACAGGAAGGUCAAUUUCUCUUCUAAGUAGGUAAUGUAAUCUACAUUUUUCGGGGAUGUUUUGAUGUCUUAGUUUAAGAUUAAGUCAUUAAGAUGCCUAUAGAAUCUCAAAGGUAGGGUUUAUGUUUCUCCUUCAAAGGUCAACACACGUGUAGUGCAUCUACCACCCUUUUUGAUGAUGAUGUUUCAUACUAAACUAUUCAAAGUUUUUGUCUUUGGUACUGGAAUAUGAUAAUGUAUCUUUCUAGGGUGGUUUUAAUCACAUUUCACCUAA